GAGCCGGGGGCUGUCUGUGGGUGAACUCUCCCACACAAAGGAGAGGAAACAAAACAAAGCCAGGAAGCUGUGACAUUAACUCGGAAUUCACUCCUUUAGACACUCACAUCCACGAGACAGCCAUUGAUUUGUUCUAAUAUUGUUUUCAAGACUUGGGGAAACCGCCGCUGCUGGAAGGGGAAACCAAUAGCACCUUUGGGUGAUGGUGAGAGUGAGACAGCAUUUAUGCGCAUUUGAAAGUGAUCGAUCCAUGCAGAAAGCGUGCCGUGGCGUCUCGUGCUGAGUCAGCUGUCCGCGGGGUGAUGAACGGGAGUCGGCGCGGCGCGGCGGACGGUCCGGGCGGGGGCGGUGCCUCCGGGGUCUCCUCCGUGGAGGGGCUGCCGCCGCUGCCCAAAGGCCUGAGCGGCAUCCUGAACUCCAGCGGCGGGUCGUGGCGGGACAUCGAGAAGGUCCACAGCAAGAGGGCGCGCAUCCAGGCCGACAUCAACCGGGGCGGCGGGGACGGGCAGCGCGGACACGGCAAGCCGGGAGGACUGGACGCUGCUCUGGCUCUGCUGCGGAAAGAGAUGGUCGGUCUGCGUCAGCUGGACAUGUCUCUGCUGUGCCAGCUGUGGUCCCUCCAUGAGUCCAUCCAGGACUUUAAGGGCUCCUCGCUGCUGUCCGAUGUCUCGCUCUCUGCUGAUAACGGAUCCUCCUCAGAGGACGAGGAAGAUGAGGAGGAGGCAGGAGUUAUCGCACAACCUCCAUCCUCUUCAUCCUUGUCUCUGCCUCAACCAAGCAGCAACUCCAGGGACCAGUGGAUCAAGGACUCCUUUCACAUUCCCUGAUGAAGUUAAACACACACUCACACACGCUCACUGUGGAGACAUCUUACUCUCCUUUACGUGCCAUGCCACACACAUCUCUUUCCAGAUUGGUUUUCUGGCUGUGGGUCGAUUAAAAUGAGAGCAACUCAAUAGCUCUGCAGUACAGAGUAUUACUUGGCUUUUUAUGAACUUAUAAUCUUUGCAUUACCUAAGUGUUAGUUUUCCUGUCAGUUGUUUAUCUCUGAAGAAAGAUCCAGACUGACAAGUGUUACCAGGUCUUAUCAGCUUUUUGUACUUCAUUGCGUAAUCUUCAUGCUACUAUACAUGCUGCUUGCUUGUCCUUGAAUUUAAGCUGCUUUAUAAGAAUUAUUUUCGGGCCUUAUUCCACUUUUGAUACAUCUGAUGCCUGAUUAUGGUUUCCUGAUAAAUCCAGCCUUGCUGUUCUGUAAACUGUGCAGGACAAUCUUCCACAGUGUCCUCUGCCAGUUGGUGUCUUAACAAAAAAAGGGCUUUCUUUAAAUAGCAAAACUGUCUUGAUUUCUGUGAGCAUUUGACACAGUACACACAUUUUCUAAACCCAAAUUUGAGAAGCAAUCAAAAUGUAUAAAUCAGCCCAACCCAACAAGUCCUGUUGAAUAACAAACUGCAGAAAUAAGUUUAUAAGUACUAUCUUCGCUGCCUUUAAAAAGUUGUUGAAUCCAUUUUGAAGCUGUGAUGCUCUCCUUUCAGCAGGAGAAAAAACACCUGAAAAGGGGAUUUUGAUCUCAGUGAGGAUAAUGCGUUCGUUUAAUACAGUUGUAUACGGCUUAGGUAUAUUGAAUUACUUUGUGCUUCUUUUAAAUACUUCACCAAUCCAGACUUUUGGCAAACCUGAAAAAGUAUUAUUCAAAUGAAGCAACUCCUUAAUGCAAUUUUUAAAUAUUUUUUCUCAGUGGAUUUUUCUACUUUUAAACAGUGUUUUUUUUUGUUACCUCGACUCUUAGCUGUGUUUAUGUGCAUGCGACUAUCAAAUGGAGGCACAGUCUGCCCAGUAGAAACCAUUAAAUAGCCUUUGAUUAAAUAACUUAUCAAACAAAUUGUGUUAAAGUUUUCUUGAUUGGCAAAUGCUUUGUAAAGCCAGUAAAUGACUUGUUUUGUAUCUACAACUUAAAAUAAAAACCAUCUUGUACACCACAGA